UCUCAUAUUAUUCUACUAAUCUCUCAAACCACCAUCAUGGCUCGGAACCCAAGGGAACAGUGGGAGAGACUCCAAGUGAUUCUACAGAACCGCGGAAGCCGUGGAGGGUUUGGCUUCGGCGGCUUCCCCUCCGGUGGGGGUCGUGGUGGUCUGGGGCUGUCGGGAGCUUUGAUCUUGCUCGGUGUUGGUGGAUGGGCUAUAUCAAACUCCCUCUUUAACGUCGACGGUGGUCACCGUGCAAUCAAGUACUCGAGAAUCGGUGGUGUUCAGAAAGAGAUCUACAGUGAAGGUACUCACAUCAGGAUUCCAUGGAUCGAAACGCCGGUUAUCUAUGACGUGCGCGCGAAGCCGCGGAACAUCGCUUCCCUCACUGGUACCAAGGACUUGCAGAUGGUGAAUAUCACCUGCCGUGUUCUGUCAAGGCCCCGGGUGGAUGCUCUUCCACAGAUCUACCGUACCCUUGGACAGGAUUUCGAUGAGCGAGUCCUCCCUUCGAUUGUCAACGAGGUCCUGAAGAGCGUGGUUGCGCAGUUCAACGCUAGUCAGCUUAUCACCCAGCGUGAGAAUGUCGCCAGGAUGGUUCGGGAUAGCCUCGCUCGCCGAGCUGCUCGCUUCAACAUUGCUCUGGACGAUGUGUCGCUUACGCACCUGACCUUCUCCCCUGAAUUCACCGCCGCUGUCGAGGCCAAGCAAGUCGCCCAACAAGAAGCCCAGCGUGCUGCUUUCCUGGUUGACAAGGCCCGCCAAGAGAAGCAAGCCUUCAUUGUCCGCGCCCAGGGUGAGGCCCGUUCCGCCGAACUCAUUGGUGAUGCCAUCAAGAAGAGCAAGAGUUACAUCGAGCUGCGUAAGAUUGAGAAUGCUCGUCAAAUUGCCCAGAUUCUGCAGGAGAACGGUGGCAAGAACAAGCUGUACCUGGAUUCCCAGGGUCUGGGUCUGAACGUUAACGCCAACGUCGAGGACUCGAAAUGAGAAAUUCUCUCUGGAAAGGAAUAAUGACAAAGACGGCUCCCCGCAGAUGAAGUUCCUGGGGAAGCCUAGCUUCGCUAUUAUAUUCAGUUGGUUGCAUCGGCCCUCAUUCUCACUGGCGCUACUGAUGUCGCUUGGGAAUGGACGAUUGGGGGUGUGGGAUAAGGUAUCUGUACAAAUAGUUUC